CAGAAAAUCAACGCCAUCGCCAACCGAUUCCUUCUGUUCACUAAUUGGCCAGAAUCUUGAGAAACCAAACUCAGUGGGACAAAUCCCAAAUGCUUCAUGAGAUAAAAACUGGUCCUAACAGUCCAGCCUUUCCCUUGGAGUUUGAGUCAGCGCUUACGAACACAUAAUCCAUAUACAUUUCAAUGGGAGAAGAAAACUCUGUGCAUAAACAUGUCACAUGUAUUAACAGUGUUUGUGUUCACUGUCUCUGUCCUCACACACAGCCAUUUGGGCCAGAAGGGCAUGCAUGCUUGCCACACUUUUCAGAUUUUUACUUUGAAAAACAAUUUUAAUACAAUAUCUCAUUUUUGUUCCACUUUGCAGAUCUAUUCUAAUUUAUCUUGGUUUACCAUAAAAUCUAUAAAAUACGUUGAAAUCUUCAGUUGUAACGCAACAUGGGUCAAAGUUCACAGGGUGAAAAUACUUGUGUAAAAUCAGAACAUGGUGCAUCACAGUGCAUGUUGCUGGUGGCUCAACUUCCAGACAGAACAUGAUGAUAAUCCUCAGUUUUACAGCAUUCAGGAACUCAAGACAAAAAAAAUAAAUAAAAAUAAUAUUUGACUUUCUAAUUACCAGCCAGAUGAACAGAUCAACAAAAAACAAGCCAGUUGCAACCUUUGGUUUAUUGACUGAUGCACUUGCAUAUUUCUUUACUGUACAGAAAACAAACGACAAAUUAUAACUGUCACCAAUAAUAGUUAGUUGAUUAAUCAACUAAUUAGUUUAUUUGUUUAUUUAUCAAAAGACCAAUGUAAGAAUGUAAGUGAAUAAGCUGUUUCCUGUAAAUUUACUUUAUCAGAAAAUUAUUAUAAAUUUGACAUCAAAUUAUUUUCCAAGAACAUGUCAUUUUGCGAUUAUUUAUUUACAAUUUCCUGUAUAUUAAAUGUUUUCCCUUUUUUAAGCAUUAAAUGUUUAGGAACUCUUUUCUGCGCGAAGCAGACAAACAGGAAACAGACAGAAGAAAGAAAGAAAGAAAGAAAGAAAAAAACCGCACAGAAACGUUCUGGUGGUUUGGUAUGAAUUCCAAAAACAUGGUUUCAUAUUUUGGAAGUUGCUCUGUUUUCCAAAACAAAAAAUAAAAUCUUUCUUCUUCCCCCAUGCGCUUCUUCUCGCCGCCUUCCUCUGCGCUGCAGAGCUGCAGUGAUGUCAGCCUGCCUGGGUCAUUUGAAGGUCAGCAGCCUCGGAAGGGUUCACCCAAAGUUCACUCGCAUACAUUAGGCAAUUCAAUCUUUCAUUCUCGGUGGCAAAACUAGUUGGAAAUGAGCAGCACUGGUGGGACGGAUAACCCAUUCGUCAUCGCGGAGGGGAACGGCUGCUUUUUAAACACCGUCCGUGAUUAUUUUCUGCUCUUAGAAUAAUAAAGAAGCUCCGCUCCGAGCAGGCGGCAGCGCGAGCGCUUCAGCCGAGAGCCGGGACGGGGCGACCCGCUGCGAACACGGCGGAGCGGCGCGGCGCGGCGCGGCGCGGCGCGGCGCGGCGCGGCGCUGGCUAUGGAGGAACCCCGGCCGMAGGKCCGCUGCAGCGCGCUGACUGCCCCCGGUGCCAGAGACCCGAGCAGGGGCAUCUAGGACGAGCUGCGGGACCAACGUAAUUCAUGAUUCCGCUGCGGGACGGAGGAGAAGAAGAGGAGAGAAAUCCGCUGCGCCGAGAAGAAGAAGAAGAAGAAGAAGAAGAGGGGGAGAAAAAAAGAGGAGGAGGGGUGAAGAAGAGGAGUUUGAUGGAGUUGUGUGCGCCUAUGCCGGCGAUUUUCCUGCAGAACGCACACGAGUGAGUGAACAAAGUGGUCAUGUUUGACUGCAUGGACAUGCUGGCCGUGAGUCCCGGGCAGAUGCUGGACUUCUACACGUCCAGCCCGUCGUCCUGCAUGCUGCAGGAGAAAGCUCUGAAAGCCUGCAUCAGCGGACUGGCGCACAGAGAGUGGCAGCACCGGCGGAGCGCACACUCCAUCGAAACGCAGAGCACCAGUUCUGAGGAGUUGGUCCCCAGCCCGCCAUCGCCGCCGCCUCCGCCCAGGGUCUACAAGCCCUGCUUCGUCUGCCAGGACAAAUCCUCUGGAUAUCACUAUGGAGUCAGUGCAUGUGAGGGCUGCAAGGGCUUUUUCCGUCGAAGCAUUCAGAAGAACAUGGUGUACACGUGUCACCGGGACAAGAACUGCAUCAUCAACAAAGUGACAAGGAACCGCUGCCAGUACUGUCGCCUGCAGAAGUGCUUCGCUGUGGGAAUGUCCAAAGAGUCUGUUCGGAAUGACCGGAAUAAGAAAAAGAAGGAAAGUCCGAAGCCAGAACUGGCAGAGAGCUAUGAGCUGACAGCGGAGCUGGAGACCAUCAUCGAGAAGAUCCGUAAGGCCCAUCAAGAAACCUUCCCCUCCCUUUGCCAGCUUGGCAAAUACACCACGAACUCGAGUGCAGACCACCGUGUGAGGCUGGACCUGGGCCUAUGGGACAAGUUCAGUGAGCUGGCCACCAAGUGCAUUAUCAAGAUCGUGGAGUUUGCCAAACGAGUGCCUGGCUUUACAGGGCUGACCAUCGCUGAUCAGAUCACACUUCUGAAAGCUGCCUGCCUGGACAUACUGUCAGACCGCCAGGAUCUGGAGGAGCCCUCCAAAGUGGAUCAGCUCCAGGAGCCACUGCUGGAGGCUCUGAAGAUCUACGUGAGGAAGCGCCGACCCAGCAAGCCACACAUGUUCCCCAAAACCCUGAUGAAGAUCACGGACCUGCGCAGCAUCAGCGCUAAAGGAGCCGAGCGAGUCAUCUCUCUGAAGAUGGAGAUUCCAGGUUCCAUGCCCCCUCUCAUCCAGGAGAUGCUGGAAAACUCAGAGGGUCAGGACGGUCAGAUCAGCAGCAGCGGCAGCAGCAGUAGCACGUCCACUGAGGCUGGGGCCAGUCCCAGCACCAAGGACAACGAGUCGCCAGAGUCCUCGGACCCCGACGAGGCCACGCCCCCUCCCCCCAGCUCCGAGCCCUAGGAGGCACCAGGUGUCUCUUGAACUCGUUCAGACAAUACUUUGCACAAAAAGAUCAGCUAACAAGGAGCUGACCCUCUAUAACCUCUUUAUUCCUUCUCUUUUGCUUGGUGUAACAUUAACUUUAAAUCCUUCUAUUUUUCUCUCCAAUUUACUCAAAAAUUUUUCUCCUCGAAAACAAAACAACACGGAGGCCUCAAAGGAUGAGUGCUCUGCGUUUGGCUGUGAGUGGAGCUGUAGUUUGGGGUCAGGACUCAGGAGGAGGGCCCUUGGGGGCCUCCCCAAACACCACAGAUGAUACUCCUCAGGUCUCCUGUGUAAAUUCGUACCUGCAUGACGGGAGUUUGAUAACGAUUUCUCUCUCUGUGUUUCUCCGUCAUCUCUGUCCAUCAGUCGUACUGCUGGCAUACACACACUGUACAUACCAUGGUAUGGUCAGGCCUCUGUUUGUAGGAUGAGUUUUGUGGUGCUUGUCCCAUCGUGUUGAUGAUUUUCAAGGUUUAAAGCAGAACUAAUUUUAAGUUCUUUUUUAAAAAAAAUAUCUAGAAUGUUAUUGCACAUAGAUAUGACUGAAGUCAGACAUUUUCCAUCUGUUUGUAUAUUUAAAACUGCUCUUUAGUCUUAGUGUGUGUUGUUCAUGAAUGAGUGUGCAUCCACACCGGCAGAAUGCAGCGCUUCCCUCCAUACCUGCAGCUGAGUCCGUUCAGCUGUUUCCUCAGGAAGGGAAGCAAACAGCAGAGGCUUUGAUACACACUCAUCAGACCGGCCAGGUCAGACCUGAGAGAGUAGAUUCUCACACACACUGAGACUGUCUGCCCAGUAAAACAACCGAGACAAGAGGCUAAAACUGUCCAUCAGUUUCUGACACAAUUCUUGCACUUUAUGUUUUGUUACUGACUUCACAAAAAAACAAAAUCUAUUUUUCUGUUAAGUUUUGACUUGUUGAAAAAGGUUGCUAACGAUUCCACGCUCUCUUUGAGAAAUAUAAUAGGAACAGAAAUGUUUUGCUAGCGCAGCAGCAGAGGCUCUUGUCAUUAGCAUCGGGGAAAUGCAAUUAAGGCAGCUAGCAUGGUUAGCAUUAGAAAUGAAGGCCUCUUUGUGUUCCAUUGGAAGUCAGACAUUAACUUUCUAAAAUCCUACAAUCAUUCCCAGACCCAACAUUUUCCUUAACAAUGACAACACAGGCUGGAAGAGAAAGAGGACACAGCCUUUGUUCAGCCUUCCUGUUAUCUGCUGGAAGUCUUGCUCUGUCUUAAAUCGUAAUAGAACUGCAGACUUGAUCCUACUAGAGCUGCAUUGAUUGCAGUCAUCUUUAAAAAUCCUCACCUACCGAUUCCGAUUUUGACCGAUACCAAUAUUUUUGUCUGAAAAGUCACUAAAUAUAGAGUCAACAGUCAACAGUAGGGCGAGUAUUGCUAACCGCUAAUGUCCACUGCAGAUGUGACGCCUUUGGCUGACAGUAGCUCAUCAGAUUGCCAGUCAUUUGAUUUAUGGACUAGACUGUUUAUUAGUUCACUUCUAGUCACUACAGCUCUGCCUGCUUCAUGUUUAUGCAGCUUCAUACAACUCUUCUGACUUAAUCUGAAACUAACUGACAAUGUUUGAGUCUUCUCCAAGUAGAAACAUCCACACCACACAGAGUACGGAUGGAUUUCUAACAGGCUGACCACAGCCAAUCAAUCUGAAGAUCAUCUGGUUCUGGUUACCAGCUGAUGUAUUGAUGAUUCUCUGGGAUAAAACCUUUCAUAUCAGGGCUGAAUGAUUCAACUAUGUUCACCUGGAAGGAUUCAGCUAUCUCAUCUGUAAAAAUGAGAUAACUUCUUUUUUCAUUGCAAAACAAACAAAUCAGGUGAGAUUUAGGACUAUUCCUAAUCUAGGUCAUUUUUCCAGCCAGAUCCAACCCAAAGCUCUGGUCUGCCUUCAUAGUAAAUAUUUCUGCCUCAGUGAUCAAACUGUUUUUUUCCCUUCCAUUCUGACAUCAGCCUGCAGCUGGUUUAUAUUUCCCAGAAUGAAGUCGGCCUAAUGAGUGUGUAUCUGCUGCUGUCGACGGCGCAGGAGCUCUGCUGUGGCCUUAUGAACAGAGCUCUGCAUCUCACCUUCCUCCUCCCUCAUAAAGUGUCUUGUUUGAACCAGUAAAACACGGGAGCAAUGCAAUCCUUAAACACACUAAACACCGGAACACCGGGCCUCCUGGGUCCGGAUGAUUGUAGCUAACACAGAAAGCACACUCUGGGGUGGGAUCUUUAGCUCCACUCCAAAUGUUUGCCUUGCUCUUCUGACCUGACUGUGUAAGCUUUACCUAACGAUGCAAAAGGAGAUUCCAGAUGACCUCUGACCCCUCCAGGCAGCCAGCUGAGUAAACGCUUCCUUCGGGAGGCGAAUCCAACUGAGCUGGUAUGGAGGUAUUAAGAGGUUCCUCUGAAACUAAAACAUGAUCCUGGAGAGCUGCCUUUCUCCACAGCCAAGGUCACAUGUGAAGCUGAACCAUAAGAGAAAAGACACUGUUAUGUCCUCCUGAAGGACCCAGACCCUCCACUGCCUCAGGGCCCAUCAGCUCUGAUGUGGUAAUCCAUGUCUCAGCACAGAUGACAUUUUUUAAUGCAUUAACUGAAAGCAAUACUUUUUCAUUUUGAAAAGAGUCAUAUUCACUUCUCUGUUGAUAGUAAAGUGACUGAAUCUUGUUUUAAAGUCUGUUUUGCUGGAGGAAACAUUUUUUAAGCAGAAUUUCCACUGAAGAACUAAAAGGUAAACAUCGGCUUUGCUGCAAAAUAUUAACAAGAAAGAAACUUCCACACUACCACGUCUCACCUGGCUACAGUUAAAGGAGAGGAUUGGAUUUUGGGAAGUGGGGUUAUGUUCAGAGAUUGUGGUGUUGGUUUGCAACCCAUGAGAAAAACAGACCGGAGCCAGCAGUGGUAGAGUACUCAAUACUUUUCUUUUUUCUUUAGUUCAGUUCAGUUCAGUAUACAGCGUGGCAUAUCAGGUCACAACAAGAAGAGCAAGAAUCUCCCUUUCACCUGAACCAUCUGGCUUUUAAAUGAUUGGCUCCCACCAGGACUAAUUGGAGGGGUGGAGACAUUCACAUUUUCAGACAGAAACAAACAAACAUUUGCACUAAACUAAUCCUAAACAAUGUCUACAGUUACAAUUAACUCAAACAAAAACUAUCUGGGCCCAAACAAAAUUCAAAAUACAUCUCUCCUCCCUCUUAGAAAAUGGAUUUUCCCAAUGAGGCUGAUUGGUAUCGCCAGGUCCUUGUCAGCACUGGGCGCGCUUCCAUGGCAACACAUGACCAGGUGACCUCAAAGAGAGAAGAGGAUUAAAACAAGUAAAUAAAUCAAAGUACUUCCCAAAACAAUACAUUUACACAAAUAAAUUAGAAUUUAUAAAACACAAAAACAGCACCUGUUAGGGAGGGGGCAAAUCCCUCACAUGUGGGUAGUAAAUAUCUCACCUGAAGUUGAUGGUUAUAUUAGCGCUUACCCUUCAGUGAAGCAGAGCUUCGUUUUAGAGCUAAACAGAGCUCGUCAAGUCUGACCAGGAGAUAAGUGCCUUCAAUCAACUCCAAUCUCUAAAUGUGACAGCAGUGCUGUCACAUUUACCACUUAGAAUAGAACAGACUUUGUUGAUCCUAAAAAGGGAAAUUGCUUAUUUGUUGACAAGUUACUCCAUCCAAAGUGUUAAAUAUUACACUUCAUAUGCUUAUAGUUAUACAGAUAUGACCAUAAGCAUCUAAAGUGUAAUAGUGUGAUAUUAUGAAACCAGUUUCAUAAUAUCACAGUAUGUAGAAUACUGGUAAAGAAAAAUACCACAGUUUCAUAGUAAUAAAAAUUUAAACCAGAAAAGCAAUAAUAACUCCUAUUGUUGCUUAAUCAAUCUAUGAUACUGAACACAAUGGAGCCCCAGUAUUGGUGGGGGUCAAGGACCAUGACCGCCCCAUCUGAACAUAACUGUUUAUCGUAAUAAGUUUUAGUUCCACUGGCAGAUUUCUUUCCAUUUAUAACAUGUUAUAAGUUUAAAAAUCUGCCAGUGGAACUAGAACAUUUUCAUCAAUACUAAGAAAUUAUUGAUUUUAACCAAGCUCUUAUAUCCUACCUAUUGUUUGUCAACGCUAACAUCACAAAGUAAUGUUAGCUUUGUAACAAAGUGAUGUUAGCUGGCUAACUAGCUGUAGCAGUGGAAGCUAGCCCACAGGCUCUUUAAAGCAGCAGUGCAUUUAAAGUAGUGACGACCAGUGCUUCUUUUUAAUCUUUUCAUGAUUGUAUUUUGUGAAACUGGAUGUACUUCCAAAUAGUUUGUUUACUUUGUUGUAAGGAAAAUUAUAGCAGCCUUUACCCAGUCAGCUAAUCAUCAAUGGAUGGAGGUGGAAAAGAUCUGGCCAUUUUCUCCUGCCUCCAGUUAGCUAAAAGCUGUAGCUAGCAUCUGUAAUCAUUACAAUGAAGACAUUAAAAGCUUUUUUCUAUUUGCUGGUCAGAACCUCUACAGAGCCCCACUUCAGAAGAUCUGAGCUAAUCCUUUAACUUUGUCUGCUUCAUUUUUAGUCCAGGGUGAUGGUUUACUCUUUAAAUACGAACAGGAUUUCAAAAUCCAAAUUGAACUAUGGAAGUGUUUUUUUUCACUGUUCUCCUUUACAUCCGCCUCUGCUGAUUCAUUCUUGUAUUUGAUGGGAAGCAGCAAAGCGAGUCGACUCUAAGGCAGCGACAGGUUCUGGGUCUCCAAGGCGCAUAACAAACAUCCAUCUGCAUUUCAUCCAUCCCGGUUCAGAAAUACAUAUCAUGAAGGAAGCCAGAGCAGUUUCAGCUUUUUGAUUCUUUUUUUUUUCUUCUACUUUUUUUUGCUUGUUUGAAUGUGAAUAAUAGCACGGAGUGUCAGAAGAAUGAUAUGCAGUGUUAAGGAGUACUUACACUUAUGUCUUUGAAACAGAGGGAAUUCUCUCUCUCUCUUUCUCUCUCCUGGUGAGAGAUGAAGGGAGAGGUGCUGGUUUUUGUGUUUGGCUAGUUUUUAUCUUCUGUAAGCUGGUAAACUUUCACAGCUGAAGAAUGUCCACAGCUGCCCCUGAAGCGUCAAGCGGCCCUGAGACAUUGGGACUGAUCGCCACUUCCUUUAGGACUCAACUCCACCGUCUGGAUUCCUCAUUCUGUUCUGCUGAAUGUCGUACUGCCGUAACUGUAAGACUCUACUAUCUAGCUCACUGCAGAGAUGUUAUAUAAAUGCUGUGUGCUUUGCAUUCCAAUUGGCAGCUCUGUGGGAAAAAACGCUCACUCAUCCUUGGAAACAAACUCUCACUGAAGAAAAGGAAGCAACUGGAACACGGUGAGCUGAUCUGAACGCAGGUGUGACGUGAAUGGGACAAAUGGAUCAACACUCAGUACCACUGAUAUGUUCCGUUUGUGGCACAGUUGCCUUAGGAUGUCAAUCGGCUGUCGUCAAACAAUCAACCCAAUCAGCUGGCAGCUGUUUGAUCAGAGGGUUACCUUCUGCAGGGCGUGGCCGAUGUGUGGCUAUCAGCAGAGUUCAUACCAGACAUCUCCUCCACACACAGUCACUUUAUCUUCCCCUCAGAAGUGGUCCUAUAGACGAUUGUUCAAACUUUUAAGUUUUGAGGCUGGCUGGUCACAAAAACCACAGAAUGUCAUUAAAAUAAUUUAUUUCAGUAACUGAAUUUAAAAUAAUGGAAGAUUGUAUUACAUUCAUUACACAUACAUACCCUAGCGUGUGUUUCUGUUCAUUUUGAUGAUGAAAACCCAAAAUCCAGUUUUCAGAACUAGAAUAUUACACAAGACCAAUAAAACAUAGUCUUUUAAUGUGAUAUGGAAUAGCCUACACCAUGAUGGGUGGUGUAGGCUGAUAGCUGUCCACCUUAUGGAGAGUGUUGACUGUCACCUGGAGGGUCAGGAGCUGGCUGUUCACAACAGGAAGGAGAAAAACAUGGCAGAAGUAGACAAUAUGCUGCUCAAGUACAAUGAAUGGCUGCAGCCUUGAAAGGAUUGCAAAACAAUGUUGAAGAGUUUGAAGUGCAGCAGGAGUCAGAGCCUCAGAGGCACCACACAUAGGAACGUCCAGUACAUGGACUACAACUCCCACAUUCCUGGUGUUAAAGUGCUCCUGAGCCAGAGACAGUAGAACAGUGGUGUCCAAAGUGGGUCCUGAAGGGCCGGCAUUCUGCAUGUUUUGGUUCUCAACCUUUUCAUCAUGAGAAUGUUCCACUUAGGCCUCUAACGAGCCAUCUUUUGAUCCAGGUGCAUUAAACCAGGGAGAGAACUAAAACAUGCAGGGUGCCGGGCCUCCAGGACCCACCUUGGGCUCCACUGCAGUAGAAAUAUCCGAUGGUAAAAAGAACUGGGCUGUUGCUCGGUGGUCCAGUGUCCGGUUAGCUAAAAGUAAAGUCUGCUUUUCAUUUGGAGGUCCAGGUCCGAGUCAGUGACGGUUUGCGUCUCCAUGUCAUCUAUCUGGUUCUGAUCCACCGGGCUUGAUCAGGUCAAAGAGCAGCCCUCUAGGUUUCCCUCUGCCUACAGGCUAUAUAGAGAUGCUGAUUUUCCCCCUGGAUCUGGUACCGACCCAACUGCCGACUGCCGAAAGUACCAGUACCUGCUUUAGUGACCAAAUAUUACCAGCAAACAGGCCCGACCUGAACACCAUGGUGUGUCUGUGGGGGAUGAGAGACACCAGAACCAACAGUACCAAACAGAACACUUCAGCAGACCCACAGGAUCAUCUCCUCCAUGCUACACUGCACUGAUUUAGGAGCUCAGACUGGAUCUGGAUUAGAAAGUCUUUUUUAUUGGUCUGAUGUAAUUAUCAUAUCUUUUUUUUUUUGUUUGUUUUGCUGCCGUCAUGAAAAUGAAUAGAAAACAACUUGGAAUCCAUCCUUAUGUGUGUUUUAUCUAUGUGGGUGAAUGUAUAUUCUUUUCAGUUCAGUGAAAAGCUUAAUCUCUAAUACAAAUUAAAUGUUUUAAAUCCAACUAAUUUUUUUUUGUGUAAUGGAACUGGAGCAAUGAAAUAAACCAUCUGGAUAUUGGAUGUUCUGUUGUCUUGAGGUGAACUUCCAUGGAAUCACUGCAUCCUGCCAUCAGUGGGCUGUUCCUGCUGCUGGCAGUCAUGAUGCUGCCACACUUUGCCACUCAGAGGGGCUCUACCUCACCACAGGAACGACCAGCAAAUGCCUCACCGACCAUAAGGUGUUGUAUACAUUACACAGGUCCUGGAAACAUUAACGUGAUGUUUCCAGGACCUGUUGACUGUCAAGUCUGUCACUGAGCAGCGACUUACCUGCAGGUCAGACAACCCUGUGACCCACAUGUCGGCCUCGCCUUGCACAGGAGCCAGUGGUCCUGACUCUGAGCUUCAGUAUCAUUCUAUAAAGCGGCACUGUGUAUGUAACUUGCAGAAACAAUGUUUUUCUCAUAUUUGUUAAAACUGUCUCCAUGUCGAGACAAUCAGCGACAAAAAUGGAGCUCCUCUGUCUCCUGCCUGUGGUCCCACUGCCAUCUGCAGAAAUACUGUCAGUAACAACCAAUCAGAGCUGUGAGGCGUGUAUUAGCGCUGUCAAGCACACUUAUGUACAUAUGGCUAAAUGUGCUAUUGAUAGAGAAACUACCUACUGUUACAGGAAACCUAUUUAUCUGCCACCAUCAGUGGCUGUUAACUACGCUAGCAUUCACAUCAGGCUCAGCAGUAAUGAGCGACGUAUUUCAGUAGACGGUUGCAGCGCCACAGGAUGGAGGCAGCCUUUUUAUUUUAUUUUUUACAGAUUAUCUGUCUCAUAAUACCAUUGUUUUAACAAGUCAGUAAAAAAAUAAAAACAUAUUGCUUGUAGCCGUUACAUACUGCAGCUUUAGCAGCAGCUCUGUGUUUGUCAAUCUUGAGGCUGUUCUUGAUAAACA